AUGCGGCCAAUUGUGGUGAAGGCGGCAUUGCAACUGGAUAAUGUGGAACCGGCAGUGUGCAUGAAAACCGAUCACAAAUUUGUUUUGAAAACAUUUGAUCGACCUUUAGCUUGUCAUCACUGUUCGAAAUUUCUUAAAGGGCGAAUAUUUCAGGGUUACAAAUGUGAAAGUUGUGGCAUAGCAGUCCAUAAGACUUGCAUAGCGAAUUCUGGGCGGUGUGGACCACCUCAACCACCGCCACCGCCAGCAAAUGUGGUCGAUAGACAAUUAGCGGAAUAUUUAUGGUAUGUCGGAGAAAUGGGUAGAGAUUGUGCGACCAGAAAAUUAGAACAAAGAAUAAAUGGUACCUAUUUAUUACGAGUUAGACCUCAAGGGCCAACUCAUCCCGAUGAGACCCCUUAUGCAUUGAGCCUAAAGACUGAUGAUAAAGUAAAGCAUAUGAAAGUAUAUAAAAAGCAAGUAGAAUUAGUACCACAAUAUUAUCUAUCCGAAUCUCGAUAUUUUAAAAGUAUUGUUGAUUUAAUUGCAUAUUAUGAGCGUACAAGUCUUGGCGAAAAUUAUGUUGGAUUGGACGUGAGUUUGCAGUGGCCUUUUCAUCAAAUUUUAGCUAUAGCCGAAUACAAUUUCGAGCCCGAUGAGACUAAUCAAUUGCCUCUAGUCAAGGGAUGUGAAGUUCUUAUUUUGAGCAAAGAAGGCGAUGAGCGAGGAUGGUGGAGGGGAAAAGUCAUGGACAGAGUUGGUUUCUUUCCAAAAGAUUAUGUAAGAGAGACUCGACAUGUAAGUGAUUAUUAGUGAUAAUCAAAAUAAAGGGCUUAUCGGGUAUGUGUGCAUUUGUUUUGAUUUUAAUUAUUAUUUGCAGAAAAUUUGUACAAUUUUAGAAUCAUGUUUAUUCAUACUCAUGCUUUGACUUUUGCAGUAAUGCGAAUUUUUUAUUUAGUUGUCGAACAUUGAAAACAUCUAUUGUUUGUUAUAGAUAUAAUUUUAAUUUUCGACAUAGUCAUUUUAUGUCGCUGACAAUAUAUUUUUA